AGCAGCGGCUGAGACCACCCGGGAAGAGGAUGAUGCCCAGCAGAGCUCUGGUUCUAGGGAUCCUCGCCCUGACCACCACGCUCAGCCCCUGUGCUGGUGAAGACGACAUUAAGGCUGAUCAUGUUGGCUCCUUUGGUAUAACUACCUAUCAGUCUUAUGGACUCAACGGCCAGUACACAACGGAAUUUGAUGGUGAUGAAUUGUUCUAUGUGGACUUGGAUAAGAAGGAGACAAUCUGGAGGAUUCCUAAGUUUGGGCAACUGACAAGCUUUGACCCACAAGGUGGACUACAAACUAUACCCAAAAGUCUCUGUGGAUUGACUCCCACCCUCACACGGGCCCUCUUACAUACACACAUGAAUGUGCCCCCUCCUGACUCCAGAAACUUCACUUUCCCAGAACCUGAGAUUCCAGCCCCCAUGUCAGAGCUGACGGAGACUGUGGUCUGUGCCCUGGGGUUGUCCGUGGGCAUCGUGGGCAUCGUGGUGGGCACCAUCUUCAUCAUUCGAGGCCUGCGGUCAGGUGGCUCCUCCAGACACCCAGGGCCCUUAUGAAUCACACCCUGGAGAAGAAGGUUGCAGGUGUGUGGUCCUCUCCAGAGCAGACGUGAUGUGCUGGAUGACCUGGCACAGUGUGUUUCUGGACCAAUUCAUCAUGUUGUCUUCCCCAAGUGUCCUCCAUCUUGCUUUUCUCUUGGUCCUGAGGCUGACCCCCUCACAGCUCACAUGCCCUUGGAAUUCUCCCCUGACCUGAGUUUUGUCUUUUGGCAUUUUUCACAACAUGGAUGCUGUAGAAUCUCAGUGACCCUGAUUCAGUAGCUCCACAAAACCAAUAAAUCACC